GUGAUUUAACCUUUAUCGUGGGUGCUCAGUCGGUUGAAUUCACAAGAGAACUAAUAUUUGUGACCACUUGUGAUUAGUGCGCUACUGAGAAGAACAUAAAUUUUCAGUGUUGUUUAGGGGAAUAUAAAAAUUCAACCAUCAAAAUAGAUCAACCGCCGUUGGCAAGUGUCCUAAAUAAGCUACAAUGUCAAACAGGUGGUCGUUGAAAGGUACUGGCGGGGAUAGUUCCGCCAGCAAAGAAUGUGGUGAUGAGUUUGAAAUUACGGUUCUACUGGAUAAAUCGGAAUCUGCGUCCUCUUCGCUGCCCGCUCGAGUAGUGUUCGUGCGCACUGAUGACGGUGAUAGUAUCGGUGAUUUGAAAAGGGAGAUGGUCAGCGAUGAUUGCGAUGAGGACGUUGUUGAUGGCAACGAUGAUGUUGGCACUAACUGCCAUGGCGGAUUCCACCAGUGUCGCUCGACUAAUGAUCAAGCUUCCGGUGCCGAAUGCGGCACCGACAGCAACGACGAGGACCGGAUUAUGAUGCUCGACGAGUGGUCGCAGCGGUGCAAGCGAAAUGGAAAUGCAAAAGUGAAGAUGUCCAAGCCCAGGAAUAUAUCGGACUAUCCACCGAAUGACGAGCCAGCAGCAGCCGCUCCGAAUCUCAAUUCCGCGCCGUCUCGUUUGGGAGACACCACCACCACCAGUAGCCAUAACAACAGCCGAAACAGUCCGUCUCCGUUGGCCACAACACCAACGUCGAUCAGCAACAACAGCAACAGCAAAAGGACACCGAAUGCCACCAACAGCAGCAACAACAAUAACCACAGCACCAGCAAAGUGGCUCCAGCGUCCAAAAAGCACAAAAAUCCGGACGAUGAAUGUGAUGCAAUCGGCAAUCUAAUUGGCGACUACGGAAAGUGGCAGUUUGUGAUGACAUUUCUCCUGUCCCUCUUUCAGGUCCCGAACACGUUCCACAUAUACUCGCCAACGUUUCAGGCAGCAGAAAAAGGUCACUGGUGCCAACGGCCGCCGCAUUUAAAUGACACCCCGGUCGAUCUCUGGCGAAACGUGACCCGGGCGGAGGAAAACUGCCGAAUACUCAACUACGACUGGAGUUCAGUCGCAUCGGAGCAGAUGCUGGCGAAUUUGAGCUUACCCAUGAACUUGUCCCAUGUGACGUGCAGUGCGUGGGAGUUCGAUAGUAAUGAUAACCUCGGGAAUACGUGGGGAUCUGAAUGGAGCCUAGUGUGUGACAAGGGCUAUCUUAAGGAUGUAGCGGAAAUGUUUUUUCUAGUCGGUGUGGCUACCGGUGGUAUUACGAGCGGAGUUCUGUCCGAUAAAUUCGGUCGUAAGAAAAUGCUGUUUAUAUCUGCUGUUCUGCAAUCCUUUUUUGGUAUUGCAUUGUACUUUGUGGAUUCGUUAGAAAUUCUUUUAAUUCUGCGAGCAUUGCUAGGGCUGGUAUCAGUGUCGGUUACUUAUGCUGGCUUAAUUCUGGCCAUUGAAUAUGUAGAUGGAAAAUGGAGGACUAUUGCUGGCAUGUACAACCUUUUCCCGUUGCCGGUAUCGUAUAUUAUGAUAUCGGGAAUCGCCUAUCUGACACAGGAUCAUCGCAAGCUUCAGCUUUGCAUAGGGUUGCCAGGCGUUUUGCUUUGCUUUUUGUGGUUUGUGCUUCCGGAAUCCCCCCGGUGGUUAUUGUGCAAAGGCCGUGUUGCUGAGGUCAAGGAUAUCGUUCGGAAGGCAGCUGCUUUUAACAAUCGAUCUUUGCCGGAUAAUUUGGACAAACUACUUAAACCGCCGGUAAACGACGAUGAUGCAAUGGCCGGGGCAUGCGAUCUAUUUCGGACCCGGUACCUGCGUCGAGUAACAUUCUGCUUCCUAUGCAUCUGGUUUACUAUGAAUCUCGUCUAUUACGGACUGGUGCUAAACAUGAACAGCUUCGGAGGCAACAUCUAUCUCAAUUCGGCUCUGGCAGGAUUAGUUGAGAUUCCAGCUAUUGCAUUAGCGAUGUAUAUCAUCAACAAGACUGGUAAGAAAUGGCUCUUCUGUGCUACCUUUUUCGCUGCGUCCCUUGCGUGUCUUUGUGCUGCGGUUGUCGAAGGAAAAAUAGCAUAUCUAUCACUGAAAAUUACGUUUGUGAUGAUAGGCAAAUUUACCAUUAGCGCUGGUAAUACCAUCAUGCCGGUCUAUACUGCAGAACUAUAUCCUACUUCGAUUCGCAACGUUGGUGUAGGCGCCUGCAAUGUCGCAGCCGGGUUUGCGUUAGUUUUGACACCGUAUCUCUCUUUACUGAACAAAAUUGAGGAUCAUUUGCUAAUGAGUUUACUGACAGCUUGGUGCAUCUUCGGUGCUAUUGUAAUCGUGUUCCUACCAGAGACUAUGCAACACCAGGAUCACACGGAGAAAGAUGAGGAGAAAGACCCGGAUACUCAAGCGAUGACCUAAAGCCACUCAUUGGAUCGAUAACUUAAGAUAAGCUACUACUGCCAUAUCUAGAAGUUGUUAAAUGUAUUCUCGGCUGAAAAUCUCAUAAUUAGUGAGACCGAACGAUUGUUUGGAGCGUGCCAUUCAAGAUCAGCAAGUAACUAAUGAAUG